UUGUUGAAAUAUAGAUUACGAGCUUUCCAAAUACAGAAGACAUGAUUACCAAGGAAGAGGAAUAUUUUCUGAGAGCCUCCAUUUUGCUACUGAAAGGAGGGCGAUUGAUGUCAAAAGAAACUUUGUACAAAGAACUACGAAAGGCCGGGGGAAAUCUUGAUGUACUUCUAAAACAACACGAAAGAAAAUUCAAGCACACAUUUGUAAAGAAACAGAGGGAGAAAUUGUUUCCAGUUGCUGGAGUAACCGACGUAGAAACAUGGGAUUUAGCCAUGCUUACAACGGUGUCACUGAGAGUUUUUAAAAGGUCACUUAACGACGAUGAGAAAAAUGACUUAAAAUCAAUAAAGUGUAUGAGGGAUGAGAUGUACGCCCAUACUUAUUCUUCGUCGCUAAGUGCCGAUGAAUACGAAGACAUCCGGAAGGAAUUACAAAACGCACUCACUUCACUGUCGAAUGGGUUAAGCGAAAAGCUGAAAGACGACUGUUUAAAGAUCAUUCAGGAAUGCACAACUGGCCCUAUCAGCCCAUCAUUAAAAGCAGAACUUACGAAACAGAUAGAAGAUACAGAACACUCGUUGUUGCAGGCGGUAAUGAACAAAUUGAGAAACCAGAACGAAUUUCUUUCCGAAAUGAAAAAAGACAUAAUGGACAAAUUAAACAAAAUCAGUGUGACUGAAGACCGAAGUGAAAAGAUUAUAAAAGUUACAGAUACUGAGCUAACGUUGAGUGGAGCUGUAAAUGAAAGCAAGGACAUAGAUUUUGUUGAAGGAAUCAUCACAACGGUUAUCAAUAAAGCAAUAAAGAAAGUCGGAAACGAAAAUGACUACCCGAGAAUUCGCAGCGUUGUUGACAGAUUCUUAAAGACUUGA